GUAUUAUUCUUACCUCACAUGCCGGCAUAGCAGGGCGCUCCCUUCCAUUGCUUCCCCUUCACCACUAAACCAGCUCCGCCGAGCCACUCAAUAAUGGACCCUCCGAUUCGUGACUCGGAGUCCAAACCUAAACCCCUCUCUGAAAACAAAGACGACGCCAACGUCGUCUUCAUCGACACCAACCUCGAUACUCACUUGGCCGUCCUCGUCUCCGAUCACGAUACCGUCUCCGACCUCAAAGAGCGAAUUUUGUCAGAACACCCAUCAUGCUUUCCCAAACUUGGGCAGAUACAGAUUCAUGCAAUGAAGGUAAAGCGCAAAGGGUACUUUUAUCACCUAUCUGAUUCCAUGUUUGUAAAAAGUGCCUUCUAUGGUUUCAACAAGAGCUGGUUUCUUAGUGUGGAUGCUUCUCCAUUGGGCGAGCGUGGUCAAAAUGAUUGUUCUUCUGGUUCUCGUAGCCAGAAGAUACUUCUUGGCAAUUCAGAUAAUGCCUUGACUGGUUUGAUCAAUGAUGAGAAAGAUGAACAUGAUUUUGUGAAUCCAUCUGAUAAAGCUGUUAAGGAUGAUAACGUUGUAUGCGAGGAUGAAAUGUCAAAAUCUGUGUCUAGUGCAAAGGAAAAACAGAAGAGUACAAGGAAAGAAGAUGAUACUCCGGAAUAUGAUGCUUCUGUUUUUAGGCCAGGCAAUGAUACUAUUCAAAGGGAGAUUGAGGUUAUGGCAGACCCUUCAUUAAAUGCAACCAAAGAAGUAAUCAUUGAAAGUGAAGUUUUAAAGGAGCAUCAGCACAAUGAAUUCAAUAAUAAUAACGCGACAAUUGGCAUUGGUACUGAGUCAAUGAAAGAGGCUUCUGAACCUGUACGUGCUACAAAUAAGCAGAAGAAAAGUAAGAGAUCUUUGAUUCAUGAUGCUGAUGUUAUGCAGAAGAAAGGGAAGAAGAGAUCAUCAAAUUCUCAUGAGACACAUUUGACUUCAUUCAGGAAAGAUGCAGAAGCAUAUCCUUCCAACAUUCAAGGGGGUGUUGAAGAGGAAGUUUAUGAAGAUGGUAUAGUCUCUAAAGAUAUCAGCAUGAGCAUACCUACGCUUGAAAAAAUGGAGAUUGGAACUGAUGCAUCCUUAGAAGGUAUUCCAUCUAAAGUAAAGAAGUCAAAAAAACACAACCGUACUGAUGUCGAAACAAAAUUACAACCUUCUGGUGUAAAGGAGCCAAAGGAACCCAAGCAGUUGAAUGAAGAUAAUUUGAAUAUUGUUCUUGACCAGUGCAAUGAAAGUAAGGUUGGUCUGACUGAUAGAGCUGAAGGAAGAAGAGAAGUAUUACAAGAUGAUCCUAAGCCAAUGCAGUUGGAAGAGUGUACACCAUCUGAACAGAAUAAUAACACUGAAGCAAAUAUCAAAGAAUCAAAUGUGACUCCAAAACCUGUUGAUAUGAAUGAGAUGGGUGAACCUGUAAAAUCUGAGAAAAAGAAGAGAAGGAAGAGAAAAGAUAUGGAUUUGGAUGAGAGUACAUCUAGAAAAGAGUGCACACCAUCUAAACAGAAUAACACAGAUGCAAACGUCAAUGACUUAAAUGUGACUUCAAAAGUUGUGCUUGGAAUAGAAAAAUCAGAGAAGAAGAAAAGAAAGACAAGAAAAGAUAAGGAUUCAGAUGUAGAAACAACAGUUGGGGAAGAUAUUGGCCCUACUGAUGCUUCUGAUAGCAAGAUUGUUAUUGUAAAGUCUCUUAAAUCAUCUGAUUGUAAUCCAGCAUCGGGAGAUAUUGGAGCAGAGGAAAACCCUUUAAAUCAUACAGAAGUGGGAAUUAUACAGCAGGCAGAGAUGAAAGGCCCUGUUGUUUCAGCUAUUGAAAAGGAUGAUGCUUCUGGAGCUGAUAAUCCUGGUUCCUUGGAACAAAUUGAAACUAUAGCCAAUGCUGAACAUGUGGACAAGACACGCAGAAAGAAAUCAAACAAGAAGCAAAGCACUAAAUCAAAGAGUUCAUCAAAUAUGCUAACAAACGAUGUUAAUCCAGCAUCGGGAGAUAUUGGAGCAGAGGAAAACCCUUUAAAUCAUACAGAAGUGGGAAUUAUACAGCAGGCAGAGAUGAAAGGCACUGUUGUUUCAGCUACUGAAAAGGAUGAUGCUUCUGGAGCUGAUAAUCCUGGUUACUUGGAACAAAUUGAAACUAUAGCCAAUGCUGAACAUGUGGACAAGACACGCAGAAAGAAAUCAAACAAGAAGCAAAGCACUAAAUCAAAGAGUUCAUCAAAUCUGCUAACAAACGAUGUUAAUGAUAGUCAGAAGCCAUCGCCAUCUUCUGAUAUUGGAACACUUGCUAGCCCUAAUGUGUCCCUGUUUCCAUCAAAUACUGCUGAAGGAAUUGACAACCUGGCUCCUGUUGAAGCUAAUGAUGCUGCUAAAGAUUCAACAUUUUCAUGUGAAGAGAAAGAUGAAAAGAAUUUGGAAGCAUCUUUGGAAGAUGACAGGGUUAAUGUUGAGCAACAAUCUCCAUCCCAGCAAGUGCAGCACAGAAGUCACCUUGAUAAGAUGGUACCAAAUGUGCGCAAGACAAAAAGAGACGCAAAGUUGUCUAGUCAGUCUAACAGUGAUAUAUCCUCAAUUAGAGAAAAAGGAAAGCCUCGAGCCAGUGCUCCCGGAAAAAGCAUGGAUUUAACAGAGAUGGAAGGCACUGUUGUUUCAGCUACUGAAAAGGAUGAUGCUUCUGGAGCUGAUAAUCCUGGUUCCUUGGAACAAAUUGAAACUAUAGCCAAUGCUGAACAUGUGGACAAGACACGCAGAAAGAAAUCAAACAAGAAGCAAAGCACUAAAUCAAAGAGUUCAUCAAAUCUGCUAACAAACGAUGUUAAUGAUAGUCAGAAGCCAUCGCCAUCUUCUGAUAUUGGAACACUUGCUAGCCCUAAUGUGUCCCUGUUUCCAUCAAAUACUGCUGAAGGAAUUGACAACCUGGCUCCUGUUGAAGCUAAUGAUGCUGCUAAAGAUUCAACAUUUUCAUGUGAAGAGAAAGAUGAAAAGAAUUUGGAAGCAUCUUUGGAAGAUGACAGGGUUAAUGUUGAGCAACAAUCUCCAUCCCAGCAAGUGCAGCACAUAAGUCACCUUGAUAAGAUGGUACCAAAUGUGCGCAAGACAAAAAGAGACGCAAAGUUGUCUAGUCAGUCUAACAGUGAUAUAUCCUCAAUUAGAGAAAAAGGAAAGCCUCGAGCCAAUGCUUCCGGAAAAAGUAUGGAUUCAGCAGAUCAUCUUCCAAUAUCAAGCCCAACGAUGAAAGGUUCCAAGAAAGUGAUUCACAAGAAAGCAGGAAAAUCUUUAGUGAAUAAUGCCAGGGAAGUAAAGGGUAAAACAAAUCAGAAGAAGAGCUUGUUAUCAGGAGCAAUCUUCAAAGAUGAUAGCAGUGACACUUCUAAAGAUGCAGAUAAAGUUGAUAUGUCUGAUGCCAGCACUAAAAGUCCAUCUGCAAAUUCACUCUUGUCUGAUUUUUCAGAUGGUGAUAUCAGCGAAGAUUCACAUGGUGGGAAAAGACUGGAAAGUGGUGAACAAAAUGAUUUUAAUGGAAGCAUGUCAAGCAUUAAAGGGAAGCCGAUUGAUCAUGUUUUCAGAAGUUCGAGCAGGUAUAAGAAGGCCAGAAUAACGGCAUCUCAGUUGGAAGAAUCUGAAAGCCAACCGGAGUUUGUUCCAGAUAGCCUUGCUGAGUAACAUGUAAUCUCAAGUUUCAGCUGAAAAGGGGAGAAGAAACACCACUUAACCACAGCAUUGUGGUCCUUUUUAGUGUUCUAUUUUUACUUAUGGAUCAUGUAUCUAGUUGCCUCCAGUUUUUGUUGCUGCUGAUACUGGGUUUAAUUUAAUUCCUUUUUUGCUUCUCAGUAUCUUUCCAAACACAAAUUGAUGUUGAAGUUCUUCACUAUUGUUACCUGUGCUCUCUUUUG